AUGAUCAAACGGGAGACAGCAGCGCCUCAAGCUUCAGUCGUUGUCUCUAUUGGCGGCGACCUUUUCCUGCUUAAUGAGCUCAAAGCAGUUGUCGAGCCUCUUGAAGGCGACGAGAGGUACCUCCCAGCCACUUGCUCACUGAACGGACAAUUCGCACGCGAGCUUUUACAGCCAACGAACUCAAGACUAAUCUAUGACGACGAUACUUGGCCGUCGGAAUUUCUUGAAGUGCUUAUCUUUCCCCGGUCCAAAGGGGAUUAUACGGGCUUGAGCGCAACUGUCCGUGAACUGCCAGGUGACCUCACUCUACCUGUAGGCCCAUACAUUCUCCAUUCCACCACUGGUCGGGUCUAUAGUGUCCUCAAGCUCUAUGAUGACUAUAACAACGCUUUCGUGGGCGGAGUCGUGCCGGACGGCUCUUUUCGAUACAAAUGGCUUCAGUGUUCUAACAAGAUACCUGUCCCGCCCAGGUAUUCUAGCGACCAAGAUCCGAAGUUACCCCUGAAUGGAUUGCGAUUUGGUGUCAAAGAUGUAAUUGAUGUCGCGGGACUAGAAACUGGGAAUGGCAGCAAAUGUCAUCGUGAACUCUAUCCACCCCGAGAAUCUACGUCCAUCUGUAUACAAAAACUUAUUGAUGCUGGUGCAAUUAUGGUGGGAAAGAUGAGAUGUUGCCAGUGGUGUGAUGGGCAGGAUCCACUGGAACGACUGGAGGAGGUGACGCCUACGAACCCGAGGGGUGACACUUUCCAAAAACCUUCGGCAUCUAGCUCAGGCUCUGCUGCUGGUUGCGCGAGCUACGAGUGGCUCGACUUCACAGUAGGGACUGACACGGGCGGUUCUGUGCGGCAUCCUGCUGGUGUCAACGGGCUCUACGGCAUUCGACCAUCCCAUGGCUCGAUGGAGAGUUCUGGUUUGGUCUGCACCGCUCUUAUGGACACACCAGGAGUCUUCGCACGGGCAGCUCACAUCGCUGAAGCAGUGACAAAAGUAAUGAUGACGGAGUCUCAAGAACAUCGUCUAACAAACAGUACGCGAUUCAAAUUGUUGUACGUCGUUGAGCCAGAAGUAUCAGAAAACGAAACCCCAAAGUUCUUCUCUCGAGCCGGCCAAGGUCCAGAAACGGCCACUCCCGCUGGCCAGAUCAUGGAAAAGUUUGUGCAGGCAUUAGAAGAGAACCUCGAAUGCAAGCGCCAGGAGACAGAUAUUUUCGGCCUUUGGAAAGCGACACACCCAGAGUGUACGUCGGAUGACAUGUUGAAGGAGACAAAUGAUGUUUAUAAGAACAUUGUGUACGGGCAACUUUCGCGUGAUGUUGUUCAGCCUUUCAGUCGCGAAUACGAGGACCGUUACGGCAGGAAACCCUUCAUCGAAGCAAACACGAUGGCCCGGCUCGAACACGGAGCGAGCGUGUCUGACGCCGAACUCCAAACUUCCAUCAGAGCUUUCGACGCAUUCGCAGGUUGGGUCAACCGCGUGUUGCUACCAAGACCUUCUACCCACGGCGACGGGAUCGAAGAAAUACCUUUGUUGGUCUACCCACAAAGCUGGGGGAGGCCGACAUAUAGGGACGAUCUAGGCAGGAUGAAGUCCGGUCAGGUCUUUUGGAAUGGGUUCUCAGCGUACUCCUUGAGUUAUUGCUCUGGUUGCCCUGAUUUCACCAUACCUUUAGGUGAAAACAAGUUUGCGUCCAGGUUCACAGGGCACGAUGAGUAUCUCCCGGUGGCCAUAUCAUUGAUGGCUCCUCGAAACAUGGAUACAGUGCUGUUAGAAUUGUUAAACCGAUGGACGAACGCAGGUAUACUGAGGCCGGUUGACUGUGGGUCGCGUCUUUGGGCAAAAACGAAUGUCUCCAUUUGAAGUGAUCCCCUUUUCGCCCAAGGCAAAUUCGGCAACGGGACUGGAUUGUAUCAAAGCCAAGACGUACUAGACAUGCUGAAUGACCUAGAUUGGCGUGUCGGGAGAGUUGCAGUUGCGAGAUAUACGCAUGCACAGUUUGCAGUUUUCGAUUUGAUUGAUUCAUAACAGUGAUGUAGCCAACAGAGCCUGGCAUUGGUGCCAACAAGCGACAGUCAUUAGUGUUAGAAGAAAAAUUUUCUAUUUCUUUUUCUUUUUACUGAGCAGGACU